GCCCCGGGCCUGCAGGGCCUGGCUCGGGCUUCGGACAACCCAAGCCAGGCCCUGUCCUCGGGCUUGAGUAGGGCUUUGGCCUGGCUCGGGCCUGCUGAAAUAGGGCCUGGCCUGGCCUGGCUCAGGCUUGAAGCCAGGCCGGGCACAACACUAAGCCUAGCGAGCUCUUUAAGAGUCUAG